AUGUGCAAGAAGAAAGACCCAACGCGCAACGGGUGUUAUCGUUUGAUAAUGGGGACUCGGCACGAUGAUGGUUGUACAGCCCAAGAAAAGGAGACGCGUAGCAGACGAAUACUGAAGGAAGGAGAGUGGGCUUGCACUGAUCCUAAAUGCGCCCAAGUAAAUGCUGAAUACAGGAACGCCUGCGAGGCCUGUGGGAAAUCGAAGCCCCGUUCUAAAAAUCGGGUUGGGAAGGAGAUAGGGAAGGAGAUGGCUGAUAAAUCCAAGGGUCUUUUUGCUGCUGAAGAUUGGGUGUGCUCGAAAUGUGGUAAUGUGAAUUGGGCAAGGCGAAAAACUUGUAAUGUGUGUAAUGCGCCUAAAUUAGCUGAUUUAGAGAAAAGAACAGGUUAUGGAGGAGGUUUUAAUGACCGUCAAGACAUUGAGUACAUAAAACGUGAUCAUGAUGACGAAUUUGACGAGUUUGGGAGAAAGCGGAAAAGAAAAGAGGAUCCAAUUGCGGCUGCUCCCACAAGUCAUGAAAUAUAUGAUACUAAAGAAGUGCUUGGUACCGAUGAAGAAGAAGAGGAGGAAGAAGGUGAAAUAACUAAGUAUAACCUAGGAAGCGAUGGAGAGGAUGAGGAAUCAGAAGAGGACGACGACGAUGCAGAUCUUGACAAGUAUGAUUUGACUGCGGACCCUGAAUUGGCAGAAAUAAAGAUAGAGGUGAAGCGCCCAUUGCCUCACCCAGUUCAUUUGGAGAGCGAUUAUUUAGACGAUAAAGUGUCUGGAGUUAAUCAGUCCGCUUGGGAUGCGCCACCACGUUCACUUCAAUUCAGAAUCGUUUGA